CGUCGAUUAGUGAAAAGAAAGGGAGGUAUUUUCGUACAAUAAAUACACCACACUCGUUAAAACUUUUACAAUAAUGAAAUUAAGUCUUCUCGCAUUAGCCGCCGCAGGAUUCGCUGCAGCAUUACCAACAACAUUGAAUGAAGGAUACAGUGAGGAAUGCCCUAACGGUUUGGCUAUACGUCCAGAGUGGAGUCAGAUGUCAAAGAAGCAUAGAAAGGAAUAUAUUAGUGCAUUGCAAUGUAUGAUUAACAAACCAAGCACUGUGAAUGAGACACAAAUCAACUCACACUAUGAAGAUUUCUGGUACACUCACCAAUUCCCUGGACCAGCUAUUCACUUCGUUGCAGCAUUCCUUCCUUGGCAUCGUCACUACGUUUACACCUACCAUCAAUCACUCAAGGAGUGUGGAUACACGGGUGAGAUGCCAUUUUGGGCCUGGGACUGGAAUGCGGAUGAUGUCUUCAAAUCAAGCAUUUUCGAUCCUGAUAGCGAAUCUGGUUUGGGUACAAAUGGAACAACCCCUGAAGGUGCCCCAAUAAAUGGAUUUGCUGUUACAGACGGUGGUUUAGCUAACCAUCAAAUUGAGUAUCCAUACAAGCACAGCUUCCAGCGCAAUUUCAACUUGAAUCCACCAGGUACGCCAGUUUCUUUGGACACUUUUAUCAAGGAAUCCGAAGUUACAAAAGCGCUUGCCUACGAUAGAUACGACUAUUUCCAUAAAUACGUCGAGGGCGCACCACCACAAGAGAUAGCGAAGGGUGUACCUGAGAUUGAAGGCAUGAAAGGAUUUGCGGGUAUGCACGGUGCUGUACACCGUCUCAUCGGAGGUGACAUGGCUUCAAUCAUUGAUCAUAAAGCUCCAGAUUGGUGUCCUUCAUUCGAAUCGGAUGAGAGUUCAAACUAUGGUGCAAACGCAUCACCAAAUGACCCACUCUUCUUCGUCCACCACUCCAAUAUUGAUAGGAUCUGGGCGAAAUGGCAAGAUCAAGAUCCAGAGAACAACAAGUUCGCCUAUGGUGGAUUCACAUUCCACAAUUACACCACUGAGGAAGGUACUGGAGUUGCCAGCAUAAACGACACCUUAGAGUUUGGCUUUAUCACCGAUCCUGUUCCAGUACAUUACACUAUGGAUUACCAGAAGACUUACUGUUACAAAUACGCCGACAAAGACUACAGAGAGGAAGAUAACUUGGUCGAUUUCCUCGCUCAGGGCUUCUCCUGGUAGACACUUAAUUGUCAUUUCUUAGGAGGGGAUGUUUUUUUUUCCUUCUUUCUACCUUUUUGUCUUAUUUUCUUUCACUCACAACAACACCUACCUCGACGGAUUUGAGGUUCAAGAUAUACUUCCCGGACAAUUAUAUCACUACAUAGCAAUAAAAAAAAGUUACAUAUUUCAUUAUCAUAUUUUCUAGACAGCACUCGCAGUGAACGGACACUCAUAUCAGCACAUUCGUUAGUAUUGUACGACUACUACUUCUACAUCUCCACCAUUAGGUGAUUUAUACAUAUUUCAUUCCCC